AAAAGAAAAAAAAAAAGAAAAAAGAAAAAAAAAAGGGGUAUAAAUCUCAAGUAGAAAAAAUCCCAAACCCUAAUUGCCAUUUUGUUCUAUCUGCUGCGUGUUUUUUGUGCUUCAAAUCCUCCAGAAAUGGAGUCCACGCCCUAAUUUUGGUGGGGUUCCUUCUUGGAAGUUGCAGGAGCUCAGUUUUAUCUGCAGGUGCAGUUGCUUUUGUGAAGCAGCUUUGGGGAAGAUCUGGCUUUUGAAGAGGAGAAAAUUGCUCGGUAGCAGAUCUGGAUUGCCGCCGAUCUUUUGGGUUUUCUCGUGGAAAAUGCUGGUUUUGAACGGAAUUCGUUUUUGGCGCUUGAGUUGUGUUUAUUUGUAGGUUUUGUUGUGUAUGUGAGGAAUCGGAAAUUAGAAAAAACCUCGCUGUUGUUGAAUUGCUUCGAAGUGCGACGAACUUCGUGUUUGAGGUGGAUUUUUGGGGGAAAAGCAUCGAAAGUUUCCUCCGCGAUGAUUAGCGUUCUUCUGGCAGUUACUUCGCUGUUUUCGCUCUGGUAAUUGCAAUCUGUGGGGAAAUAAUUGGGGAUUAGGGCAAAAAAUUUCACAGAAUCAUGUCGUUCAAGAGUAUGAUACAGGAUAUGAAGGGAGAGCUUGGCAGCAUAUCUCGGAGGGGAUUCGAAGGUAGGUUUGGGAGGUCAAGGUCUCAUCGUGUUGUCGAGGACUGUCCGGUGACUGUAGUCGAUGCUCUCCGGCAGAGUUGCUGGGCGAAUAUGCCGCUGGAGCUCUUGAGAGACGUGCUGGUGAGGAUCGAAGGAUCGGAAUGCACCUGGCCUCCCCGGCAGCACGUCGUGGCCUGCGCCGGCGUUUGCCGGAGCUGGAGAGAAAUGAUGAAGGAAAUCGUCGGAACUUUGGAAGUCUCCGGGAAGAUUACGUUCCCAGUUUCUCUCAAACAGCCCGGCCCAAGAAACGGAUUGAUUCAAUGUUUUAUAAAGCGUAAUCGCGGCACUAAUACUUAUAAUCUUUACCUCAAUUUUAGCCAAGCUUCUAAUGAUGACGGCAAAUUUCUACUUACUGCUCGGAAAUGUCGACGGCCUACCUACAACGACUACAUAAUCUCGUUGAAUGCUGACGAUGUAAUGAAGGGUGGCGGAAACUACAUCGGGAAGUUGAGGUCGAAUUUUCUCGGGACGAAGUUCACGGUGUUUGAUGCUCAGCCACCGAAUGCCGGAGCCAAAGUUGCGAAAUCUCAUUCGACGAGAUUAGUCGGUUUGAGGCAGGUUUCUCCUCGAGUCCCUUCCGGAAACUAUCCCGUCGCUCGCAUUUCGUAUGAAUUGAAUGUAAUGGGUUCGAGGGGACCGAGACGGAUGCAGUGCGUAAUGGAUACUCUGCCGUUGUCGGCGCUCGAGCCGCACGGCGUGGCCCCGACGCAGACGGAACUCCUUCCGGGGAGCCUGGACUCGUUCCCGUCUCUCCCGUUUUUCAGAUCGAAGUCGACCCGAUCAGAGAGUUUCCGUGGCGGGAGCGGGAGCGGGAAUUUGGCGAGGGAGAAAGACGAAAUGUUGGUUCUGAAAAAUAAGUCGCCGAGAUGGCACGAGCAGCUGCAGUGCUGGUGUCUGAAUUUUAACGGGCGCGUGACGGUGGCGUCGGUGAAGAACUUCCAGCUGGUGGCGGCGACGGGCGGCGGCGGCGGCGGUGGGGAGGAGGGGGAGAGUGGGGUGUUGGUGCAGUUCGGGAAGGUGGGGAAGGACAUAUUCACGAUGGAUUAUAGGUACCCGAUCUCUGCUUUUCAGGCAUUUGCUAUAUGUCUUAGUAGCUUUGACACCAAAAUUGCUUGCGAAUGAAUUAAUGAUAUAUAUAUAUGGGGGAUUAUGAGUUAAUUACAACAUAGGUGUGUACGUAAGUACAUACAUACAUAUAUAUAUAUAUAAUAUAUAUAUAUGGCUGUUUUUGUGUGUGUUUUGUUGUGUUCUGUGUUGUUGUCUGAAUUGAAUUGAACUGAUGAAACGGUACUACUUACUUGCUGGGUUUGGUU